AUGAAUAAUCAAUACAUUCCAUUAGAUCAAAAUAAUAACACCAGUUAUCCCCCACAACAAAAUCAACCAACAACCCAAUUUUUCAAAGAUCAACAAUACAGCCAACCACAACCACAACCACAAGUUUACAAUGCUCAAUAUUAUCAACAACCAGCACAACCAGCUGUUUAUGGUCAACCAGCCUAUGCUUCAACCACAGUUUCAGUAACUUCUUCACACCACAAGAGUCAUUGCAACGAUGACCACCAUGUUCUUCCAGCAGUUAUAUUAUUUGUUCUUGGUUGGUUCUUCUAUAUUCCAUGGAUCAUUAACAUUAUGUAUAUUAAAUCAAAGAAUGGCAUGGCUAAGGGUUUUGCUAUUGCUAGUGUUGUUUUCUUUUUCAUUGGUAUCAUUAUCACAGUCAUCUAUCUUAUUGUUUUCUUUGUAUUUUUAGAUAAAGUUUCACAUGCUAUUAACACUACAAGUGGUAUCUAUACAACAACUGGUGUCUAUACAACCACUUCAUCAACUUCAGGCUUCAGUUCAUCAUGUGAUUAUAAUUAUAGCUAUUGUUAA